GCCUCACCCCCCCCCGGCCCGGGCUCAGCUCCGCCCCCUCCCCGCGCGCCGGGGCCCAAUGGGCGGCGGGAACGCGCCCGGGGGGGGAGGGGAGAGCGCGGCGGGUGCGCGCACGCACAGCCGCGGGGCCGCGCCUUGCCCCGUGCGUGCGCGCUCCCGGCCCCCCCCGCCUUCCCCUCUCUCUGUGUCCCUCUCUCUCCCUCUCUCCGCCGCGCUCGGCCGGCUCUGCCCCCCCUUUGUGCGCGCUCCGAGCCGCCCCCGCAUCGCCGACUCGCCAUGGCCGACGAGAAGCCCAAGGAAGGAGUGAAGACUGAAAACAAUGACCACAUUAAUCUGAAGGUGGCAGGGCAAGAUGGGUCUGUGGUGCAGUUUAAGAUUAAGAGGCACACACCACUUAGUAAACUAAUGAAAGCCUAUUGUGAACGACAGGGGUUGUCAAUGAGGCAAAUCAGAUUCCGGUUCGAUGGGCAGCCAAUUAAUGAAACAGACACACCUGCACAGUUGGAAAUGGAGGAUGAAGAUACAAUUGAUGUGUUCCAGCAGCAAACAGGAGGAGUUUACUAAAACAAACACACAAAAAAGAACCUGCUACUUUCCUCUCCAGAACUGUGCUCCCACAGGCGACACUUCACAGUUAGAAAAAUGAGACUUGGUUCAGCCACAUCCUGACUACUGCAGUAUAGUUUUCUCUCUUCUCUCUGAUUUUUUUUCUUAUUCCUUUUAUUGUACAUAAAGUAACUGGUGAUGUGCACAGGCAUAAUGCAUAUUUUUUUUUAAACUAAAUGGCCAAUGGUAUGUUUUGAUCAACAUUUAAUGGAGAUGGGGUGGGAAAACAAACUGGUUCUGUGAAAAUGCCCCUCUCUCCAUUAGUGGCAUGCUCCUUCUACUUUUACAGAAUCACAGAAUAAGCCGAGUUAUCUUUAUAUUCCAGUAAGUUAUUUUGCUCUCACUGUUCAAAAACAAAAACCUUGCAUACCUUGUUUGAUUGGAUAAUUUCAAUGUUUUUCUUUUAUCAUUGUAAAACCAAGGGCAAUUUUAUAACUUUUUUGUACGUAGCUGUUACAUGUAGAGCAAUCUCUGUCUAAGUAGGGGUAAAUUACUCUUUAAAAAAAAAAGGAAAAAAAAAAGUCCUAGAUAGUUUUCCCUUCAAGUAAAACGUCUUGUUGUUUAAAUAAACUUCUCGUUUAAAAUAA